AUGUUUAGGGCAACGAGGGUACAAGCCACAAAAAUAAUAGAUAUCCCUCACUUCGUUCAUCUUCGCUCACCCUGUUCGUCUCCGCCAUCAGCAUCGUCAACUCACUGUCAGCCCUUUCCGUUGACCACUCACCGUCGGGCCCUCGUCGUGGAUGUCGCCUCCAACGUCAGUCACCUUAGACGAAGCAAUAGCAGGAGCCGGGAUACACCGGGAACCACUAUGUUAUAUGGUUGUAGCUUCAUCCAUCUGAUCUCAGUUCGUCCACAUAGCCAUAUUCAAAGGUGUAGUGCGCAGUUGUACAUAUGGGGUAAAGUAAAGAACAAUUGUGAUAAGUGGACAUACCCUCAACCUCACAUGAAUCUCAGGUAUCUUACAUGUGGUGCUAGGGCGGGGAAGCUUUUAUGUUUGGUUAUGAUUGUUGAUAUAUAUCUUAAGGAAAUUAUCACAAGUGUGCCAGUUCAUGACUUCCUGUAA